GCAGGUAAACAGGAAGUCAGGUGGGGAGAGACACGCCCGCAGAAACCUGAAACUCCCGGAAAACGUUUUUUUCUCUCUCUCUCUCGCUGCUGUUUCGUGUAGUUUGGCUCCUUUGGUGUGGCGGCAGGUGGACGACAUAUUCUGCUCGGAUACACUUUGGUGAACACGUCGGCCGCUUGUUAAACACACACCGCGAGACGUUUGCUCUUCUGUGUGAGCCGCUUCCUGUGCGACUUUCUUUGCUCGCAGGUUGAAGCCGUUGACAAACACAGGAGGCCUGCAGGUUCACCUAGUCGCAUCAGACCAAAAAAAAACAAAAAAAACGCGACAGGUAGGAGGAAAUAAGCCAGAAGUCGGAGAGAGAAGAAGAAGAAGAAGAAGAAGAAGAAGAAGAAGAAGAAGAAGAAGAAGUUCAGGUGUCUCAAGUCGUCUUCCUUUUAAGCCUGGUCCAGGAACUGCCUCCUGAUGGACUACAUGAACAGUGGACUGAGAUACACCCCAAAGCAGGACAAAGACUGGGACACAUCUGUCCAGUUCCUGCCGGCGUCGGACAACAAAAAGCUCGAGAAGAAAAAGGGUCUGGGAAAGGCUGGAGCUGUGAUCGGUGUGGUGAUCUUCGCCGCUGUUAUUGCACUCAUGACCGGACUGCUGGUCUGGCAUUUCCACUUCCGUAAAGAUGUGCGGGUCAAGAAGGUUUACACCGGCUCCAUGCGGAUCACCAACCAGGUGUUUGAAGACGCAUACGAGAACUCCAACUCCUCCGAGUUCAAGGCGCUGGCGAAGCAGGUGACUUUGCAGCUUAAAAACAUCUACUCCAAAAGUCCACAGUUGGCCAAAUACUACGUCGGAUCUACAGUUCAGGCUUUCAGUGAAGGCAGCGUCAUCGCCUACUACCUGUCCGAGUUCAACGUCCCAGUGGGCCAAGAGGCGGCCGUCGACAACGCCAUGUCUUCCAUGGACAAGUUAGUGGACAAAGAGCAGCGGACCUUGUACAGGCGUGGCAACGCUCUGGUCCUUGAAGAUGUGGUGUCCUCAGCGCUUGAUGCCCGCAUGUUUUCGUCAUCAUUCAGUAGUUUUUUUAAGUUUUCGGAGCAUACCAGGACCAACCACAUCGGGCAAAUCCAGUCCCCCGGCUUCCCCGACAGGCCGUAUUCCCCGAACACCUUCAUCCAGUGGCAGCUCAGGGCGGACCCCAACUACGUCAUCAAGCUUGAGUUUGAAACGAUGAAUCUGGAAGAGAACUGCAAGAAUGACUUUGUCAAGAUCUAUGACUCCCUGGUGGCCAUCGAGAGCCGCGUCAUGGAGGAGAUGUGUGGUUACUACUUGCCCAGUGAGCCACUGGCCUUUCUGUCGUCUGGGAAUGUCAUGCUGGUGACGAUGGCCACGGAUGAAGACAUGAACUACCCAGGUUUCAGAGCACAAGUCUCACAAAUCCCACGUGGAAGUAAAGCUACGACAUGUGGAGGUCAGCUGAUGGGUGAAAAAGGCACCUUCUCUUCUCCCAACUUCCCAAAUUACUAUCCUCCUCGAACUUCGUGUCAGUGGUCGAUCCAGGUUCCUGAUGGUAAGGCGGUGAAGGUGACGUUCAAAAAGUUCCUCAUGUCUGAGCCCGGGCAGGAUUACAGCAAGAAGUGUCGCAAAGACUACGUGGAGGUCAACGGAAAGAAACUGUGUGGAGACAAGCCUGAUGGAACAGUGACAGAAACCAGCAACACCAACACGAUGACCGUGAUGUUCUUCUCCGACGCCUCCUAUGUGGACCGAGGCUUCAGUGCCGAGUUUGAGGCCAUCGACAUCACGGACCCUUGUCCAAAGCAGUUCCAGUGCAAAAACCAGCGCUGCAUUAAGUUAGAGCUCAAAUGUGAUGGCUGGAAUGACUGUGGAGACUUGAGCGAUGAAUUAAACUGCAAAUGCUCUUCCAAGGACAUCAGUUGUAAAAAUGGACUGUGUAAGCCCAUGUUCUGGAAAUGCGACGGCGUCGAUGACUGUGGGGACGGCACCGACGAGCUUGACUGUGGAGUCUGUAAAUCUGGACAAAUAACAUGCAAGAAUAAUAAAUGCGUCUCUGAGAAGAAUCGUUGUGACGGCAGGGACGACUGUGGCGAUGGCUCCGAUGAGCUCGACUGCGGGAGAAACUCUGAUGUCAGCUGCACUGACCUUACAUACAAAUGUAAGAACAAUAAAUGCAUCAGUAAAGUGAACCCGGAAUGUGACGGAACGCAGGACUGCGACGACGGAUCUGACGAGGAGAACUGCGACUGUGGGAGGAGCAUGUUCAAGACGUCACGUAUUGUUGGCGGUCAGGAUGCGGAAGAAGGGGAAUUUCCCUGGCAGGUCAGCCUCCAUGUCAAAAACUACGGCCACGUGUGUGGAGCGUCCAUCAUCAGUCCACGCUGGCUGGUCACCGCCGCCCACUGUGUGCAAGAUGACGGCAGGACAAGGUUGUCCCAGCCCGAGAAUUGGGAGGCUUACCUGGGCCUUCACACCCAGCGGAACAUUGCACCAUCUGUGGUGAAGAAGAACCUGAAGCAGAUCAUAUCCCACCCUAACUACAACCAUUACACCUAUGACAACGACAUCGCCCUCAUGGAGCUGGACAGUCCUGUCACGUACUCGGACUACAUCAGGCCCAUCUGCCUUCCGGCUGCCCAGCACGAUUUUCCAGCUGGUAACACUGUGUGGAUUACUGGGUGGGGAGCCACACGAGAAGGAGGAUUUGCUGCGACGGUGCUCCAAAAGGCUCAGGUCCGAAUCAUCAACCAUUCGGUAUGUAACGAUUUGAUGGCAGGGCAGCUCACGUCUCGGAUGUUGUGCGCUGGAAUACUGAGCGGAGGCGUCGAUGCUUGUCAGGGGGACUCUGGCGGUCCUCUGUCCAGUCCGACGGGCACUCAUAUGUUCCUGGCAGGUGUGGUCAGCUGGGGUGACGGCUGUGCUCGCAGGAACAAACCUGGCAUCUACACGACAGUCACCAAAUUCCGUGGCUGGAUCCAAGAAAAGACAGGAGUGUAGGCUACUGCAAAACGGCCCGAUGAGGCCAAGGACAUUGACACGAACAUCGACUAGUGACAAGUACCACAAACUUUUACCACGUUACGGAUCUUUGCUGCGGUAAAAGACCGACCUUGACUUCCCUGCAGAUUUAGUGGACUUGACCAGUCGUAGCCGCAGUGAAAAAUGAACUGAUUGCUUGAAGAGCAAUUGAAACACAUUUUAUGUCCACUGUGAUUUUAUGAGGGUGGGGUUGAAUGAAAUGUUUUUAAAUGUAAAUAAAUGUUUUGUUUUGUUUGUUUUUUUUAUUGCUGUUGUUGUUGUAGCGUGUCUUGAUGGAGAAUGUCGUGUGCAUCAUAAGAGAUAUUAGGUAGCGUUGUUACACGUGUACACACACACACACACAUGUACCCAUGUUUUAUCAGUAGCCGUCAAAUGAAUUUCUCACAGCUGUUCCUUGUUGUCUUUGUUGUAGAUUUUAUGAAUUGAAAACAAAACGACAGCAAGCUCAUUCUAUCCUACCUCCUAUGGCUUGGUAUCAAUGCUGAUUUUAUCAUCCAAUAGAAAUCCCUGAAAAGUUAGUGAUGUGAUUACUCCCAUUAUAAAGUGCUAUCCUCAUGGAUGACAUGUCAUUUUAACAGACGUGAAGUGCAUUUCUGUCCCACAGAAUAGUGUGUUUUGACAUAAAUCUUUUAUGUUCAUCCUGUUAAUAUGAACUCUCUUCCAUUCAACACAAUAUUAGUCAUUUCCUCCAGUUUAAUUAGUCUUGAAUCUGUGUAAAUGUCUAUUUUAUUGGAGAUUUUUUUAAAUAAAAUAUUUCUAAUAUCA